AUUCCUUCUAAUGGCGCAAUGGAAUCAACGCCAAAUCACGACAUAGCCCAGCCAUGACCGCACAGCAUCAUGGUAUCAUGGUGAUCAAGAAGGCAGCCAGCUUCGUGGAUGACAUUAUCUACCAAAUAGGUACCUAAUAAGUCCGUACAUCAGCUGUCACUUGGCAUGUUCAACACUAGCCCGACUCCGGUUGGCGUCGGGAUUCUUCUUGGGCAGGAUUGUCAAUGUCUGGCGAGAUCGGAGUGGGGGAUCCAUCUGGACAUCGCCUGGUACCACCAUACUGCGCCAUGAUUGUGUUCUUGUUCGUUGUUCUACUCUAUUUAGAACCAAAACGUGAUCCAUUACCGCAUGCCUGGCAACCCGUCGUCCAAGUUGCUCCAUACUAGCUUUGCUCCAAAGUCCAUUGCAGGAACCAAGCCAGUAGUGGCUAGGUAGCAUUUCGGUUGCCCAACCAAUAGAUCGCCAUGGCGGGGAGCAGCAGCAGCAGCACUACCACCCUCUUCACCAACGGCAAGAUCUUUCUAUCCGGUGUCGAGCCCGGGACCAACCCCUUCCCCAAUCAACCGCCGACCUUCGCCGAGAGCCUCCUGAUCCGGGACUCGACCAUCGCCUUCGUCGGAGCCUCCGACUCCCCCGCCGUGAAAGAUGCGCUCGCGCUCGCCGCCGCGGGGACGGAGGUCGCGGUCGUCGACCUGGCCGGCAAGACCAUCCUGCCGGGCUUCAUCGACGGGCACAUGCACCUGAUGCUGCUGGGCCAGUCCCUUCAGAAGCUCGACCUCGGGCACUGCAAGGACCUCGCCGACAUCCAGGCCACCAUAUCAGCCCACGCGGCGGCCAACCCGCACCUCCCGCGCAUCCUCUGCCGCGGCUGGAUGCACUCCAUGACGCCCGGCGGCGUGACGGCGCGCGACCUCGACGGCGUCGACCCGCUCGGCCGCGCCGUCCUCGUCGACACCAAGGACCUGCACAGCACGUGGGCCAACACCGCCGCCGUGGCCGCCCUCGGCGCCGACGCCUGGCCCGACGUCGUCGGCGGCGUCAUCCAGCGGGACGCCGACGGCCGCGCCGACGGCCUCUUCAGCGAGGCCGCCAACAUCACCUACGUCUGGCCGUACCUCACCGCCACCGCCAGCCUCGCCGACCGCGCCGCCGCCGUCCGCGCCGCCGUGCGCGCCUACCACGCCGAGGGCUACACGGGCAUGAUCGACAUGGCCAUGGACGAGGGCGGCUGGGAGGCGCUGCUGCACGCCGCCACUGCGGAGGAGAGCCCCCUGCCCAUGCGCGUCGCCGCCUACUGGCUGAUCAAGCCCAUGGAGACCGACGCCGAGACCCUGGUGCAAGUGGACCGGGCCGCCGAGCUAGCGGCGCAGUACAACGCCCAAACCAGCCCGGACUGCCGCAUCGUGGGCAUCAAGGUGAUCUGCGACGGCAUCAUCGACGCCUGCACGGCUGGUCUGACGGAGCCGUACCUGAGCGGCGUCGGCGCCGCCAACGACAGCUCAGACCUUCUUCACCCGGCACCCCUCUGGCCCGCCGACCGCCUCGCCCCCGUAGUCCGGCGCGCCACCGAGCUGGGCCUCCAGAUCGCGCUGCACGCUAUCGGCGACGCGACGAUCAGCAUGGUGGCCGACAUCCUGGGCGCGCACGCGUCGCCGGCCCGGCGCCCGCGCAUGGAGCACAUCGAGCUGCCGUCCCGCCACGACGCCGCUCGCCUCGGCGCCCUGGGCAUCACGGCGUCGGUGCAGCCCGUGCACGCCGACCCGGCCAUCCUGCGGGCCUGGCCGCGCCUGCUGGGCGAGGCGCGCUGCGCGCGCGCGUUCCCGUACCGCGAGUUCGCCGACGGGGGCGCGCCCCUCGCCCUCGGCUCCGACAGCCCCACGGCGCCGCACGCGCCGCUGGGGAACGUCUACGUCGGCACCACGAGGAGGUCGUACCGCGAGCCGGCGCUGGGUACGGCGGUCAACGCGCACUUUGCGCUCGGGCUGUGCGAGGCCGUCGCGGCGGCGACGGAGGGGGCGGCGUAUAGCUGCUUCGAUGAGGGGAGGACGGGCCGGCUGGUUGAGGGGCUCAAGGCUGACUUUGUUGUCGUCGACAUGCAGUGGGAGAAGACUAGGCUGUUGGAGGCGCGGAUCGAGCAGACUUGGUUCGACGGGAAGAAGGUCUGGGACUGCGAGGGUUGAAGGUUAUGAGACACCUACCAUUUUUGAUCAUGAUGCCGAUAACGACGACGAUGAUGGUCUGUGAACUGCGAUGAUCAACACUUUGGGCAAAUCGAAGCGUGACCUGAUGGUGUUUCUUUUCUUUGUGUCUUCUUCUGCUUCUCUGGAUAUACCCACCAGCUGCUGGCCAGGCUGCAGUGAAUGUCCCCGUAUCCCACUUUUCACCUGUAGUACCGCCGCGGCCAGAUGUUCAUCGCCGUCUUCAACCCAUCGCCAAGCGGUAGUCCCGCGUGCAUCGUCCUCAUGUCCCCCGUCCCGUUGGGAUGCAAGUUGACCCAGAAGAUGGCAUUCCCCGCCACCGGCCGGAACGCCAGCCCGCCGUCCUCGUGCGCCCUCCACAGCGGCAGCGACCGCCCC